UUUUUUUUUUUUUUGCUUUUGUUUAGAUUAGAUCUUGUAUCUUGAUUAAUUAACUUGCUGAGAAAGUGGUUUCCUUUUCCUCUCUGAUGCGAUGCAAAAAAUAAACCCAACAAACCCGAGCAACAAAAAAAAUCAUGCUGACCUAAUUUCAGCAACAUCUGAAUUAUUCACUGUCGGCUGGUUUCACAGACUCCGGUUCUCACGUAUCCUAUACCUACAGACAGUAAUUUGCACUAAUCCUGUGAAAACUGACAUUUCGUGUUUUUGUUGUUGUUUUUUUUUUUAAACGGGCUCAACGCUGGCUUACCGACUUUUCAAUUCUGAUACGCCUCCGUGUUUUUAACGCACUUCGCCUUUUCAAGCUGUCGUUUUUAUUAUGCGCGGUACAAGGUGGAGUUUCGUUUCUUUUGCAGAAUCACGCAAACCCGACCGCAGCUUUUAUUGGUGCGAAACUCGAGAGGGGAAACGGAAACUUAUACAACCAGAAGGAUCAGACUCCCACUCGAGAUCACAGACCAGCCAUCCCGGUGUGGAAAGGGUUAAUGCUUUAACAGACCUCUCUGUGCUUUACAAUGCUUGCCUAUGCUUUACCAGACCUCUCUGUGCUUUACAAUGCUUCCCUAUGCUUUCCCAGACCUCUCUGUGCUUUACAAUGCUUCCCUAUGCUUUACCAGACCUCUCUGUGCUUUACAAUGCUUCCCUAUGCUUUACCACACCUCUCUGUGCUUUACAGUGCUUCCCUAUGCUUUACCAGACCUCUCUGUGCUUUACAAUGCUUCCCUAUGCUUUACCAGACCUCUCUGUGCUUUACAAUGCUUCCCUAUGCUUUACCAGACCUCUCUGUGCUUUACAAUGCUUCCAUAUGCUUUACCAGACCUCUCUGUGCUUUACAAUGCUUCCCUAUGCUUUACCAGACCUCUCUGUGCUUUACAAUGCUCCCCUAUGCUUUACCAGACCUCUCUGUGCUUUACAAUGCUUCCCUAUGCUUUACCAGACCUCUCUGUGCUUUACAAUGCUUCCCUAUGCUUUACCAGACCUCUCUGUGCUUUACCAUACCUCUCUGUGCUUUACAAUGUUUCCCUAUGCUUCACCAUACCUCUCUGUGCUUUACAAUCCUUCCCUAUGCUUUACCACACCUCUCUGUGCUUGACAAUGCUUCCCUAUGCUUUACCAGACCUCUCUGUGCUUUACAAUGCUUCCCUAUGCUUUACCAGACCUCUCUGUGCUUUACAUUGCUUCCCUAUGCUUUACCAGACCUCUCUGUGCUUUAUUACAUUUUGCUCUGCUUUUACUAUGGGGAACUUUUACAAUGGCUUAUCUGCCAAGUUUAACUGCUCAGCAGGAUGUUCUAAAACCUUGUUUUAAUUUGGCAUUAGUUUCUGACACACACCACGUCGUCUCAUUAAGAACUAGGCGUGCGUGUAACAUUGUCUCUCGUUAUACCCGGUACAUUAGUCUUUCAGCAUGACCUUGCAAAGUACACACAGAUAAUACGAACAGCGUGUCUCUCGUAAACCAACGCUUUUAUAAUAAAGAUUUUCAAAACAUGCAUCACCCGAGAACACUUAUAACUGAAUCACUGCGUACUUAAGCAACAGCCAGGUCGAAGAUGACUCUGACGUCAUUUUAUUUCCUCGUUGCAGAGGUUCCAAAAUAAGUAAAUCGGAAACGACACGAUAGCAACAGACUUCAUACAGACAGAGCUUUGAACUGAGAAAUCCCCUUACUGUGACGCGGCGCGGACGGCACGCCUCUCUUGGGGCGGAGUUUCAAACGUUGAAACUUUAAAGGGAGAGAAACAAACAAACCAAAAUAAAUCAUAUCUCUCGUCUCCGACUGCCUGCUAAAGAAUUUUAUUUCUGAAUUGCCUCAGUGCAACACGAAGUCACAUCAAGCCUGACAUAAGCAGACGUGUAGGAUACACGGUAACGCCAUAAUUAAUAAUAAAUACAUUAAUCACACAUACCUGCUAUUAAUAAGAUGAGCUACCCAUAACGAGAGAAAGGUCACUGAGGCGACUUCUACUGUAUAACGAGCUGAAAUUCAUUUGGGAGUUCAUAGCACCUUACCGAAGAAUUUCGUACUAUUGUGGGGCGACGGUUCCCUACGUCACAUCAUGCCUGCCCAUCAGAUGACGUCAGUGACCGGCUGUCUGGGCUCCGUCCUGCGUUCUGGAACCAUUCUGCUGCUUCUCUUGUGUAAUGACGCAACGGGGUCUGGAACCAACGCCACUGCAGGUCAGCCCUGCUCUCACCCGCUCGUCCCGGAGCACGGAGGUUUCCGCUGCGCUCCGUCACCCUGCCGCGGCUUCCUCCCGAAACGGGUCAUCGAGUUUUUCUGCGAGCCGGGGUACUCUCUGCACGGCGGCGCCAAGACGGCCCGCUGUCGCCGUGGCAACUGGAGCACCGAAGGUCCGGUCUACUGCACCCCCGACCCGGAGUCCAAGCCAGACUCGGACGGUUCGGACACUUCUGACCAGGAGUCCAGCUCUCUCCCAGCCGUCGCCACGACGGCCGUGGCGGUGUCCGUCUUCCUGCUGACCACCACGGCUUGCAUGCUGGUCAAACCACGGGUCCGAAACUGCCACUGUGAGAGCAACAGACGACUUUCAGACCAACUGGGCCUGAUGAUUGACAGCCCCCCGGUCCUCCUGCCCUCCUAUGAGGAGGCUGUGUACGGAAACCAGGGCAACCUAGCCCCGCCCACAUGGGGACCCACCCAGCUCCUGUUCGCCGAGGGACAACCGGAUCCCGCCCACCAGCGGCUGGGCAGCCAGUCGGAGAGCUUGUUGGGCGGCUCAGCCAAUCACUGCCCGGACACCCUUCCCCCUCCUUACGAAGUGAUCCAAUCGCACAGCGGCUCUGGCAGGACCCAGAACGAGCAGAGGAGGGAGGAAUUCUCGCAAUUUCGGGUUUCCCAGGCGAUCGAAAAGGACGUCUAGAAUUCUAGAACGCAGUUUG